CUCUCUUUCUUUCCCUUAAUAUUGAAUUCGUUGUACAAAAAACCUGAAAUCAUCUCCAAAUUCAAAGAUUGUUGCCACCCAAAAGAAAAAAAACCUUCACCUUUACAUUUACAACAACACCCACGUUCAUUCUUGAACUCUAACUUCACAUAUAUAUUGACACCCCCAAAAAGGAAAAAAAAAAAGCCUUCACCUUCUUCACAUUCACAAACUUACAAUACCCAGAUUCAUUCUUGAAUUCUAACUUCACCAAAAAAAAAAAAAAAAAAAAAGAUUGUAGAGUUUGGAAAGGGUUUAUGUUAUCUAUGGAUGGUUUAUGUUUAACAGGUGGAAUUCAAGGUAUGGUGGGGCCCAUCACUGUUGCCGGUGGUCGGUCACCAGCAUCCAUGUCAGUUGAAAAACCAUCAUCUCAUAGAAAUAAUAAUAAUAAUAAUAAUAAUAAUAAUAAUAAGUCAUGGGGUUUUUCAUUUAGGUAUCCACUUAGAUCUUUUUGGUCUGGUAGUAAAGGAAGGUAUGAUGCUAUAGCUGUAGAUGAUGCAGUUUUGAUGGAGGAUCAAAAGGAGGAGAAAGUAAUUGAGGAGAAAGAUGAAGGGCAUAAUGGGAAUUGGGUAUUGAAGAUUUUGCAUGUUAGGUCUUUGAGUAAGGAAAAGGAGGAAGAUGUUGUGGGGGAAAAGGUGGAGGGACAAAGUGGUGGUGAGGAAAGUGAAGGGAAGGAUAGGGAAUGUGAUGGUGUGGAUGAAGAAUGUGAUGUGUGUUCUGUUGAUGAUGAUGAGGAGAAAUUCAAAUUUGAUAAGAACUCAUUUUCAAAGUUGCUUAGAAGGGUGUCAUUAGCUGAAGCUAGAUUGUAUGCUCAGAUGUCUUAUUUGGGAAGUUUGGCUUAUUCAAUACCAAGAAUUAAGCCAGAAAAUUUAUUAAGGAAUCAUGGAUUACGUUUUGUUACGUCUUCAUUGGAGAAGAAAGAAGAGGCAUUGAAAGCUGAGAAAGAGAAGGCAGUAGCAGCAGCUGAAGACCAGGAGAAAAAAGAGAACGAAGUCUCUCAAACUCAGAUAGAUGAAGAAAGCACUACAAAUUCAGUAGAAGGGGAUGAGAAGCCCAGGGGGAAUAGGAUAAGUGCAUCCACGGCUUACCAUAUAGCUGCCUCUGCCGCGUCUUAUCUCCACUAUCAUACAAAGAGCAUUCUUCCUUUUAAAUCUUCCAAAACUAUCUCAAAUGAAGGUUCCUCUGAAACAACCACCGGACGUGAUGACAAUAUAGAUGCAAUGAACAGGGAUGUUGCUUCUUUCAUGGCGACCAGCGACUCGGUGACAUCAGUAGUUGCUGCAAAGGAGGAGGUAAAACAGGCUGUUGCAGACGACCUGAAUUCAAAUCAUUCUUCACCCUGUGAGUGGUUCGUAUGUGAUGAUGAUCAGAGCUUGACAAGAUUUUUCGUCAUUCAGGGAUCAGAGUCGUUAGCAUCAUGGCAAGCAAAUCUACUCUUCGAACCUAUUCAAUUUGAGGGUCUGGAUGUAAUGGUCCACCGAGGUAUUUAUGAAGCUGCAAAGGGCAUGUAUGAACAAAUGCUGCCAGAAGUACGUUCACACCUUAAAUCUCUUGGUAGUCAUGCCAAAUUCCGUUUUACUGGACAUUCCCUUGGUGGAAGUUUAUCAUUGCUUCUCAAUCUCAUGCUUUUCAUACGGGGAGAAGUUCCCCCGUCUUCCUUGCUUCCUGUUAUAACUUUCGGUGCACCAUCAAUAAUGUGUGGAGGAGACCGCCUCCUUCGCCGCCUUGGCUUGCCUAAGAGUCAUCUGCAGGCAAUCACAAUGCACCGAGACAUUGUACCCCGAGCCUUCUCUUGCAAUUAUCCCAAUCAUGUUGCAGAAUUUCUUAAAGCUAUCAACGGAAACUUCCGCAAUCAUCCAUGUCUGAAUAACCAGAAGUUGUUGUUUGCUCAUGGGGAGUUCUUAAUUCUGCAGCCAGAUGACAAGUUCUCUCCAAACCAUGACCUGCUACCUUCAGGUUCCGGUUUGUAUUUAAUGAGCUAUCCUGUAUCAGAUUCAACAGAGGCAGAAAAACAAAUUCAAGCCGCGCAGGCUGUGUUUUUAAACUCACCUCAUCCUCUUGAGAUCCUAAGUGAUCGAUCUGCCUAUGGUUCUGGAGGAACAAUACAAAGAGAUCACGACAUGAACUCCUACUUAAAAUCUGUAAGAAACGUAAUUCGUCACGAGCUGAACAACAUCAGAAAAGCUAGGAGGAAGCACAGGCGCAGAGUUUGGUGGCCAUUGGUUUCACCUAGUGGAGCUAAGGCUGGUAUUGUAGUUAGAAAGUAUGUCGAAUCAGGUAAUAUGGGACAUGGCAAGAUCAACUUUGCUGGCAUUUUACAUAGUGGGAAAGAGUCAUUAAAGCGAUUCAGUACACUAGUUGCAUCACAGCACAUGCACUUGCUUGUGGUGCUUUUGUUUCCUGCAAGGUUGCUUAUUGUGGGGACUUUUAGCAUGUUGAAUUUUCGAUGAAUCGCUGGAAAAGCAUUGGACAAGUUAAGGAGGGUUAGAUGAUUUUUUAUUCUUUGACAACUAAUGUUCCUCCCUGGUUUUCUGAAAGUGGGGGACUUCUUGGAUGAAAGAAAUCCAAAUAUCAGAAUAUUAGCAAAAUAGAUUUACAAUUUGGAUCCAUUUGUUAUUGAUCAAAAUUGUAGCCAGAUUAUUAAUCCAUUUAUGGAAUGCAAAAGAUGUAUACUUAUAUA